CGGUACACAACCAACGUAAGUUACAGAUGUCAAAGAAGAAUAGCAAUAGCGAAGCGUCUGUCGCCCGAAGAACCUGAAAAGAUGACCAGCGCUUAGUUAUUCGGGAUUCCUGGAGUUCGAAAACAACACCGAUCCGAGACGCCGAACGCGAAAGGACGAGCGUGACCGUUGACUGGUGAUCGAUGGGCAUUAUUCAGCCGAUCGUUUCCAUGAUAAUGGAUCCCCGGUUUCUUUUCCAUCCGUCUUGAAGGCCGGACGGUCUCCAUAUCUGCGCGCAGCGUUACGAGAGCCCAGCGAAAAGCAGAUCCGUCGUUUCGCGAACUCGUUAAAUUCCGCUCGCUGUAGUGCUCUACAGUCUCCGAAACGGAUACUUAGGGCGAAAUAAUUGAAUCAAUAGGAAUCUGCGCCGGUACAGAAAACUAGAAAGGUAUUACGACGACGAAAACAAACGGAACUAGAACCCAAAGAUUUCAAGCGUGUUUGACGUUCAAACAGUUCCUUGAUAACAAACUGCCGUUAUUUACUCGUCCUCCCGCUACGAGAUUGGCGAACUUUCGCGAAACCUUCUCUUUUCCUUCGACGAGCAACGAGGAUUCAAGCGAAACCAUGAUCGACCGAGUACUCGUUCUGAUGAUGCUCGCCUGGCUCUGCGAAACAGUUAGGGGAUACAACAUUUUAAUGGCCACCAUGGGCGGCACGAAAUCGCACACCGUGCCUUUCAUCGCACUCGGGACCAGUCUCAAGGCCCGGGGUCACAACGUGACCUUGGUCAGCGCGUUUCCUGGACCAGCCGCUAACAACGGACUGCAGGAGUUUGUGCCACCCAUUUUCAAGGCCUACGUUGGUAACUACACGUCGGAAUGGGACCUGGUAGGAGCUAGAUUUCGCGACGAAUUACCGAUCUCGCCUUGGGACGCAAUGCGAUACGCUUGGGAAGCCUGCGAGGCUCUUCUUCGAGACAAAACAUCCGUUUCUUGGCUGAGAAAGCCUGAAGGCAAUCCCCGUAUGAGAUGGGACGUCGCGGUGGUGGAUGGUGCUUUUCCUGAGUGUCUUCUUGGAGUCCUUUAUGGGGAGAAUGUACCUACGAUCAUGCUGAAUACGGUCGCCUUGUAUAGCGGCUCAAUAGGGCGGCAAGGUAAUCCAUCGCCUUGGUCGAUAACACCCUAUUUCGGGAAACCUAUCACGCAGGACAUGAGUUUCUUCCAGAGAUUAUUGAACGCCGCCUGCCUCGUUACCCUCCAGAUCAUGCAUUGGAUCAUGACCACCGGCUACAUCCAACCAAUUCUACGAAGAUACCUGGGGGAACAGUUGCCCGACGUACGUGACCUAACUGCCGAGGUGCCACUAACGUUACAGAACAGUCACUACAGCGUCGCCGAUUCCCUGCCUUACCUGGCGAACGUCGUCAACGUCGCCUGCCUCCAUUGCAAUCCUGCCAUCCAGCUUAGCACCGACUUGGAGAACUUCUUGCAAAGAGGUUUCAUUUUCGUCUCCAUGGGCUCGUCGGUUCGCGCGUCCGGUAUGCCGGAGGCGUUACGUCACAUAUUCGUCACAGCCUUUGCAACCCUCCCGUACAACAUCGUAUGGAAAUGGGAGGGCGAGAAGAUCAAAGAUCUGCCGUCGAACGUCAGAACAGCGGCAUGGUGGCCACAACAGGAUCUACUUGGGCAUCCGAAACUCCGAGCUUUCGUCUCGCACGGCGGCCUCCUGUCUCUUCACGAGGCCGCGUAUCACGGCGCCCCGACGCUCGUACUACCUGUCUUCUGUGACCAUGACGGGAACGCGGCCCAAGCAGAAAAGUUGGGUUACGCCCUAGUGAUGAAUUUGGCCGGCAUAUCAAUCGGAAAUCUUCGUGAGGGGAUCCUGAAAGUAUCCACCUUGCACAACAAUGCAUACCGAGUGGCAGCGAAGAAGCGUAGCUUGCUGCUAAGAAAGUUGCCGAUUAGCCCGAAAAAAUUAGCCAUUUGGUGGGUGGAGCACGUUGCCGAGUACAAGGGAGCUGAUCAUUUAAAGAGUUCGACGAGACAUAUGGGCAUCGUUCAUUAUUAUUCCAUCGAUGUAGUGAUAUUCUACGCGAUCGCAUUACUGCUGCUCGUUUAUGGGUUGAAGAAACUUUGUUGGAGAACGAUACCGAAGCAUGGCGUCAACAAAAAGAAACUAGACUGAACUAUGCUAAUUUCUGGGGAUGAACACACCGCACAUAUUUAUGUAUUACGGUUUAAAUAGUUAGUAAUUCUUGUAGAUUAAAUGCGCUGAUUCUAAGCAGAAGCAAAUGUAAAAAUAUUAAUAGCGAAAUAAAAUUGUUUUCGUGAGAGAAAGCGGUGAAUUCCAGACAGAGUUGGGCAAAAAAUUAAGGAUUAAGGAUUCUAUUUCUCUGAUCCUUUUGUUAGGCAUUGCGCUUCAUUUCAGGUUCUACAUCAUAUUUCACAAUUAACGAUUAGAUUCGUUUUAAUUAUUAAUCGCAAUCAACGAUUGAAACAUUAUUGUUAAUCAUUAAUCGCAAUUAAUUUUCUUUCAAACGUUAGUCGCGAUUAAUGACUAAAGUAGAAGCCUACCGCCCGCCCCAUUACAAAAAUAUAAUAAAGUAAUAAACAUGAUAGAGAUAA